AUGUUGAAGAAAACCAACAGCUACAUCUACCAAACAGCGUUUCCCAUGCCAGCAACAACGAAACCCGAAAUACCAUGGAAAUCAUGGCAAAACUGGAAGGAAAUACUACAAGGUCUCUACCCAGGCAAACCAACUUUCACCGAAGUAGAAUUACAACAAGUAUUAUCCCUAGAUGACAAUAACCACGAGCGAGUAAUGAUCAUCACGGGAGGCAACAGCGGGAUCGGUCUCGAGCUAAUCAAGAAAAUCACCAAGGCGACAAACAAGAUCCGAAUCUACGUAUUCGCAAGAAACCGCGACUCUACGCUCCGUGCCAUUGAAAACUUACCCCAAGUCCACUACGUCCAUCUCGACCUCGCGGAUAUAUCCACCGUGAAACCAGCAGUGGCCCAAUUCCUCACCAUGGAAACGCGAUUAGACAUAAUCAUACACAACGCAGGCACGAUGCACCCGCGGCAGGGCCACUUCACGGAGCAAAACCACGAGAUCCACCUCGGUGUGAACUGCAUCGGCCUGCACUUACUCCAGCACCACUUGAACCGCACCAUUAUUGAAACGUCGCGAAGCCAUCGCAACUGCCGUAUAAUCUGGGUAUCGUCGACGCUGCAUUUCUGGGCUCCACGCCACGGACUAUACUUCCCGGACCCCAACUUUCUGUUUACUACACCACCGAGCGCGCUCACUUUAUACUCGCAGUCUAAAGCAAUCAACAUCAUCCAAUCUCGAUUAUGGAACAUGAUGAAUCACGAAGGUGGCGGCGGGGGAAACGAGGAGGAGGAGGAGGAGGAGGAAAGGGUGGUUUGUGUUGCCUUGUGUCCCGGGUACCUCAAGACGGGACUAAGUCGAAACUUAACAAGCGUUGAGAAUUUUUUCGGCGAUAUGAUCACGCAUGAUGCUGCUUGGGGCGCGUAUACUCUGCUAUAUGCUGCGUUCAGCCCCGAGGUUGAUAAAUCUGGCGCAUACGUCAUUUCGUUUGGGAAGUUGGGACGUAGCAGGGGGGAUUUCGACGUUGAUGGGGAUGGAAAUUUGGAGAACAUGGUUCGCGUUUGGCGGUAUCUCGAUGACCAGAUUGCUGAGUAUAAGUGA